AUGAAAGUGGCUAGGCUGUGCACUGCAGAGUUGUCUGUUAAGAGGAAGACUAUGACAGAAGUUGAAUUAGAGCUUGAGAUGAUCAAACAAAAAUUUUUAAGGGACACUGAAUGGUUAGACCAAAGGGAAAUAUAUAAAAGUAUUUCACGCCAAGAACUUCGAUUAGCAACAAAUGGGUUUGAUUCACUUACAAUAGUUCAGGUUAUGGAAUCUAGUGUCAUGCACAGAGGAAUACUGCCAAAUGGAGUGAUUGUAGCAACUAAGGUUUUCAAUCGACUAAAAAGUGGGCGGGAGAGUUUUGCAGUUGAAUCUGAAGUGCUCUCCUUUAUUCGCCAUCGGAAUGUUGUCCAAAUCUGGAUGAUGUGCAAUGACGCUGAUUUUAAAGCCUUGGUGCUACAAUACAUGCCCAAUGGAUCUCUGGAACGGUGGCUUCAUCACAGUUAUAACAUCUAUUUUAAGAAUGUAUUGACAAUGCUUAAUACAAUGAUAGAUGUGGCAUCAGCAUUGUGCUAUCUCCAUUUAAUGCGUGUCAUUCACUGCAAUUUAAAACCUAGCACCGUCCUGCUAGAUGAUGAUAUGGUUGCACAUGUUAGUGAUUUUAGCAUUGCCAAACGCUUAGGCGAAAGGAUUGCUGCAACAAAAACCAGGACCAUGGCGACUGUUGGCUAUAUGGCUCCAGAGUAUGAAUCAACUGGAACUGUUUCCGAAAAAACUGAUGUUUAUAGCUUUGGUAUUCUACUGAUGGAAACAUUCACCAGAAAGAAGCCAACAGAUGAAAUGUUUAAUGGAGAAAUGAACCUUAGGGGUUGGAUAUGCUCUUCAUUACCUCAUGCACUAGACAGAAUUGUAGAUGCCACUUUGCUGCGGUCUGAUAAUGAACACUCAGCUUCUGAUAAGACGAGAUGCAUAUUAUCAAUCAUGGAAGUGGCUUCUUGUUGUACUGCAGAGUCGUCUGAUGAGAGAAUGACUAUGACAAAUGUUGAAACCAAGCUCAUUAGGAUCAAAAAACAAUUUCUAAGAAGCUAG